CGCACGCGCACACACACACGCGCGCGCACGCACGCACACACAUACACACAAACUCACACACACACACACAAACAGAGGGAAACAGAGACACCUUGAAGGAGGUUAGCGACCGCGGGCGCAAGGAAGUGUAGCGCACUGCCUGGUCGGUGUGUGUGUGUGUGUGUGUGUGUAGCUGGGCCGCACGCUCCUGUAGCUCGGUGAUUUAUGAAGCGCGGAAUAUAGACGAGCCGAGAGACAGUUACGAUCGCAGACGUCUCCCAUCCUGGUUUCGCUACGCCGACGUACAUACACGGGCACGCAUGCGGGAGAUAGAGAGAAGCGAGCGAACAGUGAACAGCGCAUACGUGUGUGGUGGCUUUAUGGCCGCCAUCGGGUUGUACGCGUUCGUAGAGAAGGAGCAAGCGGCGGCGGCGGCGGCGGCGGGGCGAGCGACGACAACCUACGCACUACUCGACCCAGCGACACUGAUGCUCAUCGCUGGCUCGGUCGCCUUUGUCGUCGCCUUCCUCGGCUGCACGGGAGCUCUGCGAGAGAACACGUGCCUGCUGAGAACGUACACGUGCAUGAUGAUCGUGCUGUUUAUCGGUGUCGUGGCGACGACGGGGGCGACGUUCACUCUGCUGCUCUCCGAGCCUGGAAGUACGCGUCUAGCGCCGGACGCCCUGCUACGCCGCGCCAUCGCGCUCUACCAGCACGACUCGAGCCUGUCGUAUCUCAUCGACGCUCUCCAGAAAAAGUUGCAGUGCUGCGGCGUCGGACCGGGCGGCUACCGGGACUGGAACCUCAACCCCACGUUCAACUGCAGCGACUCUAACCCGGCCGUUGAACGAUGCGGCGUACCCGCCUCCUGCUGCCGCAUGCGAGAGGGGCACUUAUCAACGCCCGCUGCGCGGGUUCGACAAACAUACCAAGAGAAACGUAAGUAA